GCUGGCCCGGGGCGCCCGUGAGCACAGACCUCCCCGUCGACGGGGGGCGAUGUUCCCCUGGCCCGCGGGCUCUUCGGGCCGCCGGGGCAUCCCGCCGUUGGGACCAGGGCCCCCGCAGUGGGCGACCCCCAAGGCUGCUCCAUGGAGACUCUGUGUCCUCCUCCCCGCCUGGCAGUGCCCGCGUCCCCGCGGGGGUCUCCCUGCUCGCCCACGCCCCGGAAACCGCGUCGGGGGACCCCGGAGUUCUCCCCGCUGUGCCUGCGUGCCCUCGCCUUCUGCGCCCUUGCCAAACCCCGGCCGUCCGCCUUGGGCCUAGGGCCUGGAGAGCUGGCGCCGCGGACCCCGGUGCUGCUAGGCCCCCCGGCCUCGCCAUGCACCGGCGGCAGGGCCGUGGACAGUCUGAAGCACCUCGGGGGACAGGCCGGGCGACCGAGCGACGUGAGCUCCGCGGCCCGCGAGGAUGCAGGAAUCGCGGUGUGCCCAGGCGGCGAAGAAGAGGAAGAGGGCGGAGGCGGCUUCCCGCACUUCGGUUCUGGUUCCUGCGCACCUCCCGGUUGCUGUCCUGCUCCCCGGCGUCCUCGGGAUUCUCCGACCAGCUCCGCCUGGUCCCCGCCCAGGCCAGCCCCGAGUCUGGAGUUCCAGCCUGAUGCAGCUAGCAGUCCGCCUCAGGAGCCCAGCUCCCAGCCUCCUCCGCCACCUGCGGGCCUCUCCCCGGAACCUGCGUCUCCGGAGCAGCCUGUGCCGGCCUCGGCGGCUGCAGCGGGUGGAGACCCUGCCCCGGCCGCGCCCGAGGCACCCGCGCUCAGCCCUUCGACGGCAGACGCAGCGCCGGACGCGCCCAGUGAUCUCCGCCAGGAACAUUUCAAUCGCCUGAUCCGCCGCUCGAAACUUUGGUGUUAUGCGAAGGGCUUCGCCCUGGACACUCCAAGUUUGCGCCGAGGGCCCGAGCGGCCGGCAGCCAAAGCCCGGGUAGCAGCCAAGAAACGCCGGCGGCCAGCGCCGCCUCCGCGCGGAGUGCAGCCCCGCCGGCCCGUCCCGACGCUCCCCACCUCGAGCACCUUUAGCCUUCUCGACUGCUUUCCCUGUCCACCAGCCCUGGUGGUGGAGGAGGGCCUGCAGGGAGACAAAAAGCCUCAGCCUGACCACCCGCUGUGGAGGUGGUAA